UGGCCAGCUUUGUCAGUUGAGUUAGUUUCUCCUCGGGCGGAAGGAGGAGUGUGUGUCGGUCUUUAAGGAGGAGUGUGUGUCGGUCUUUAAGGAGGAGUGUGUGUCGGUCUUUAAGGAGGAGUGUGUGUCAGUCUUUAGGAGAAGGUGGACAUCAUGUAGUCGUUGAAACAUUUAGUCCUCGGUUGUUCUUCCUCCGUCUUUUGCUUCACUUUUUAAAAACAAACCGUCAUCAUGUUCCUGCGCGGAUCUAAAAAGCGACGGUCCAACCGCUCGCAGGAGGAAGAGGACCCAGACAGAGGGCAGCCGUGUAUGCGCUGUGGAGACCAGUGCCCCGGCUUCCGCGUCCAUGGCUGGAGGAAGAUCUGUGUACAUUGCAAGUGUGUGCGAGAGGAGCAUGCCGUGCGCUCGGUGCCGGGCCAACUGGAAAAGAUGAUGACGAAGCUGGUAUCAGACUUCCAGAGACACUCCAUCUCCGACGACGACUCGGGCUGCGCCUCAGAGGAGUACGCAUGGGUCCCACCUGGGCUCAAGCCCGAACAGGUAUACCAGUAUUUCAGCUGCUUGCCAGAGGACAGAGUGCCUUAUGUGAACAGUCCAGGAGAGAGAUACCGAAUCAAACAACUGCUGCACCAGCUUCCUGCCCACGACAGUGAGCCCCAGUACUGUAACUCUCUGGACGAUGAGGAGAAGAAGGAGUUGCGUUUGUUCAGUCAGCAGAGGAAAAGAGAAAACUUGGGCCGAGGCGUCGUCAGACUCUUUCCAGUAACCAUGACUGGAGCCAUCUGCCAGCAGUGUGGCAGACAGAUCUGCGGUGGAGACAUAGCAGUGUUUGCCAACCGGGCUGGACACGGCAGCUGUUGGCACCCUCAGUGUUUCCAGUGCGCCUCCUGCAGCGAGCUGCUGGUCGACCUGAUCUACUUCUACCAGGAGGGACAGAUCUACUGCGGCCGGCACCACGCCGAGAGGCUCAAGCCCCGCUGCCAGGCCUGCGACGAGAUUAUUCUAGCCGACGAAUGUACAGAGGCAGAAGGAAGAUACUGGCACAUGAAGCACUUCUGUUGUUUCGAGUGUGAGGCUGCGCUGGGCGGCCAGCGCUACAUCAUGAGAGAGAGUCGGCCGUACUGCUGCUCCUGCUACGAGUCCCUGUACGCGGAGUACUGCGAUACCUGCGGAGAACACAUAGGUAUCGACCAGGGCCAGAUGACAUACGAGGGUCAACACUGGCACGCCGUGGAGUCAUGUUUCUGCUGCGCUCGCUGUCGGCUGCCUCUGCUCGGGCGUCCCUUCCUCCCUCGAGGGGGGCUCAUCUUCUGCUCCAGGCCCUGCUCGCUGGGCGAGGACCCCAACAACUCUGACUCCUGUGACUCGGCGCUGCAGAGCCAACCUCCUCAGCACAGACGAUCCGGGACGGGAGAGAAACACCAGCAGCAGCCACAGUGCGGUUCUCCGCUGCAGCCACUAGAGGGCGUCAAACCUCCUAUAACUCCUGCAAAAGACUGCAUUCAUGCUGCAGUGGAGAACAGAGGCGUCCACUGCACAGCACCAGUGCAAAACGGACUUCCUUCGCCCAGCGGUCACCCUCAUCCAAGAGGCUCCUACUCACCUCUUCCCCACAUUCAUCUCGGAAAUGGCUUAGGCCCAACGUGGCCCAGCGACCUUCCACAUUACAGUUUACUGCCAGGUGACUGUGGCGUCAAAGCUCCUGCCGGUGGUCUUCAGUUCCAGGGAGAGCUUAAUGGAAAUACUGGACUAACCGGUCUUAACUCAAGAGGAACCUCUUCUGCUAAAGACUGCAGGAACUGGGUGGAAAGGACAAAUCAAGUUAUGCAAGUGUUUCCUCCUCAGAAGAACCACCUCAUUUCUCCUGACUCGCCUCCCCUCCCGCCCGACAACCCGUCCAUCCUCCCACCUCCUCUGCCCGUUAAGUCUCGUGACUUGACGCCCCGGGAUUCACCCUCGCCAAAACUCCCCCAACCAGAGGUCAGACCCUCGGAUUCUCCGCUGCCCCCGCUGUCUCGCAGCGGCACGGCGAGGGUCAGCUUCAGAGAGCCAAUCAGCAGCAGCUACUCUGUCGACGAGGACGAGGACGAAGAUGAGAAUGAGGAGGAACUGCAGGAGGGUGAGGAGAACCAACAGGAUGAAGAAGAGGUGGAGGGAGGUUUCGGAAGCAGGUUGCAUCUACAGAAAGGCAUCCCACCUCAGAUGGAUCUGCUGGAUGGAUCCUCUUACCACCAGCGGAGUCUACGGCGAGGGUGGAACCGCUGCCGUAUCCCCUCCGACCCUGCGCUGCACCCGGGAGCAGAGAGGCGCCCCCGACGCUCCCGAGCCGACCGACCUCGGCUGGACACCCUGGACAGGAGAGGCGAUAAAGACAGAGACAAGCGCUGCUCCGUGAACUCCGCCUCGCUGACCCUCCAGUCGGGCCAUUACAAACACGAAGACUCCUGCUCGACCUGCUCUUCAUCCUCAGACUCGGAGGAGGAGGGCUUCUUCCUGGGGCAGCCCAUACCUCUGCCCCCGCAGCUCCGAAAGCAGCAACCCGAGGACGGCAAAGGCAGAGGAGGGGAGGAGGAGAGGGAGGUGCAGAGAGACUGGGGACUGAGGGGGAGUAUACGACGUGGGCGAGCUCACAGUCUUGGUGCAAAGGACAAAGAUAAAAACUGCGCUAUCUCCUAACCCACGACGACACAAGACGAACUUCAUUAAUCUGUCGCUCAGCCUGUUUAUUCCAGACUCACACCGGUGAACCACGAAUGAACCUCAGAGAAAGACCUGACCUUAACUUUACGGCAUUGACUUCUCACUGUCGGACUUUGAGAUGUUACACUGUGGAAAAUGUUGUGAUUAUUGAUAACACACGUGUGGAUUAUAUUUUAACUCGCGCCUGUUGGUUUGAACACAAACUGACUUCUUCAUCAUUUAAAUAUGCAAACUUACAGCGUGACAGAAACUGACCAACACCCUCCUCAAUCAUUUGUUUGUUAAAUAAAUAUUGAAUAUAUCCUAUUUUUAACUCUACUGUAACCGUCUUCUGCACUUCUUAUGUGCAGUUUUUUUUUAUGUGGCUGUAAUAGAUUACAGUUACAAACACUAAAUGGCCAAAUAUUAAGGGAUAAGUGUGUGGACUUCACUAAACUGUGCUAGUUUUAUGCUUUGAAAAUCACACAAAGGAGAAUUUUAGAUUUUUUGUGUUGUAUAGUCCAAAUUAAACACUUGAAAGUUUCUAUACGUUCAUGUCUUUAAUAAAAAAAAAAAAACACUUCAAGGUCAUUUAUUUUUAUAUGUUUGGUGUAGGUCGCUGUUCUUUCUUGUUCUGUUUCGGGUAAAAGGAAAGUGAUUAUAAAGCCUGUUUCUGUUUCUCUUGAUUCUAUGAGAGUCCCAUGGUGAUAUUAAAUAUUAAAACUUG